AUGACUGUUACACCCCUAACAGUAAUAUUAUAUUGUAAACAUGAUACCUCUGUGGGUCGUCCAAAUGUGAUCACUUACUUAAUUACUUUGAACAAUACACUUUCAAAUACUAAUUCUCCACAACAUGCAUCAACACUAUCUGACCAUGUGUCUAAUACAAAAUCGGAUAGUGAUAUCAAUAAAUGGGAUACGCUAUUCCACUCCAGUUCCAUGCAAAUUCACAAUACCGUCAUUAGCUCUAUACCUACUGGUUCAUCUACUGAGUUUUCCAGUCCUUCUAUUUCUUAUCAAAAUGUCCACUCCCAAAAUGCCCAGAAUUCCACUAACUCUUCGAAGGAUAUACAGGCUAAUAGUCCAAGCAAUGCAGAACCUACCCCAGUUUCCACCUCAACUACCACAUCAACCACUCAUCUUCACUUCUCCACCACUACCACAAAAUCACCAACCCCUCUCAUAGAUGAAAAUGGUUCUGAUAGGUCAUGCAGUGUCCUUUAG